AUGACUCUCUUCCCCUUUCUGGAUCUCAGUGGCUUCUGCUACAGUGAUGAAAAAAUGACACAGGUGCAGCCUACCGCACUCUGUAAUGAGAACUGCUACCCAGGUAGAAGAAGAAAAAAGAAAAACGGGAGACCGUUUUGUUGCUUUGAUUGUGUUCCAUGUGCAAAUGGAAAAAUAUCAGAUCAGAAAGAUAUGGAUGACUGCAUCGCAUGCCCAGAAGGUCAGUAUCCAAAUAAGAAGCAAGAUCAAUGCAAUCUGAAGACCUUAAACUUCCUCUCUUUCUCGGAACCUUUGGGGAUCAUUUCAACAUUUUUCUCUCUGUUUUUCUCUCUGAUCACAGCCAUUGUGUUAGUAAUAUUCACCAAAAACAAGAAUACUCCCAUUGUCAAAGCCAACAACAUGGAGUUCUCUUACACUUUGCUUGUCUCCUUAUUUUUCUGCUUCCUCUGCUCCUUGCUAUUUAUUGGUGUGCCUCACACAGUGACCUGCUAUUUACAAGUGACUUUUGUUGUAAUUUUCACGGUAGCUGUUUCAUGCAUAUUGGCAAAGACCAUUACAGUGGUUGUGGCUUUCAUGGCCACCAAGCCAGGAUCCAGAAUGAAGAACUGGGUAGGAAAAAGGCUGGCAAAUUCUAUUCUUUUUGGUUGCUCCUUUAUUCAAGUCAUCAUUUGCACAUUAUGGUUCCUCAUAUUUCCUCCAUUCCCAGGUGUUGACAUGCAUUCUCUGGCUGAAGAAAUCAUAUUAGAAUGUAAUGGGAGCUCAGUUAUCAUGUUUUAUUGUAGUCUGGGCUAUCUUGGAUUUCUGGCUCUUGCCAGCUUCAUUAUGGCUUUCUUUGCCAGGAAGCUGCCAACUAGUUUCAAUGAAGCCAAGCUCAUAACUUUUGCCAUGCUGGUGUUUUGCAGUGUUAUGUUGUGCUUUCUACCAGCUUACAUAAGCAUCAAGGGAAAAUGCUUUGUGAUUUUGGAGAUCUUUUCCAUACUGACCUCUAGUGCGGGGUUACUGGUGUUCAUCUUUUCCCCCAAAUGCUAUAUAAUUAUUAUGAGACCUGAGCUGAAUUGUAAGGGCCAACUAGUAAGAAAAAUGAGUAAAACUCCUAGGCUGAAAUCCUGUGCACAGUGA